AUGGCCUUCGUGAAGUCUAUCCGAGAAGGGGGCGAUAUCGACGAUAUCAGCGAGAAGAACGGUGUUCCUGCCCGCAACUUGUUCCGAUGGGUUGGAGAAGACACAAAAUGGCACGAAGAGGGGAAUGAAGGCCCCUUACACCUUCAGCAAACGGUUAAAGGAGCUCCUGUUGGAAGGAAGGACAUCGUCAGAAAAGCCAGCCACAUUUUCAAAGAUGGUUAUUCAUCAACCAUCGGUGUCGAAGGUGCGCAAUUACGUGACAAAAAUGGAAGUGGCUACUUUUUCGGGUCUUUGGCUAAGGUUAUCGUGGAAGAGAACAUGGACGCGACUCGCGUGUUCAACGUUGAUGAAACUGCACUCGAGAGUUCCCGCAAAACAACACGCGUGCGUGCAGUAGCGAUGGAGGCUUUGUCGUACCUCCUUUAUUUGUUCUACCUUGUGAACCAGUGGAAAAUGAAGUUCUUGAACAAUGUAGUAUACCUGGAGCUGCAGUUACAACUACAACAAGGCGUUUAUGACAGCGACUCUAUUUGCUAA